GAAUGAACUUUUGUCAAAAAGUUGAACGACGGUCGGUCGCCGGUGUAGCUCGAAUAUUCUAGACAAGGUCCAGUCAAUAGGCGUUACUGCCGAUUCCUCCAUAACUUCUGUCUGCAUUUCUAAUUAAUAAUAUGGCGGCUAACGUAGUAAAGCGCUUAAUUCCUCUGCUCGACCGCGUUCUGAUCAAAAGGGCUGAAGCGGUAACGAAGACCGCUGGCGGCAUCGUCAUCCCCGAGAAGGCGCAGUCCAAAAUGCUGCAUGGAGAAGUAGUUGCCGUUGGACCUGGCGCCAGAAAAGACAACGGUGACUUCGUCCCAGUCCUGGUCAAGGUUGGCGACAAAGUCCUUCUGCCGGAAUACGGCGGCACCAAAGUGUCCAUAGAAAACGACGAGAAGGAAUACCACCUAUUCCGAGAGUCUGACAUCCUGGCGAAGAUUGAAAACUGAAUUUUGUGUUAGUUUUAAUUUUGGUGAUUCUGAUUCUGUUUACUGUUAGUCUUAAAUUUAGUACAAGUAGUGAAUGAAUAUUAUGUGAUUGUGUAAUAUGCUACUAUGUUGUGAGAUGGGAUAUUGAUGUUAUCUCCGUUGCAUUUCUUAUUAUAAAUUUGUUACAGAA